AUGGAUAAGGCACCAGACUUCGGAUCUGGGGAUUGUAGGUUCGAGUCCUGCCGUGGUCGAAAAUCUUUUGCAUUUUUUGUUCGACGGGUUUUUUGCAUUGAUGACACCGAUUUAUGAGUUUUCAAGUGUUUUUAAAUAAAACUUGACCUAAUUUUUUCAAAUCCUACAUUUUUGAAAAAAAAAAAUACAUCAGAGAAAAAUUUUGUUGAGCCGCAUAUUUGUAUUCAACACUGGGAAAAAUUCCCUUGAAGUUUUUUCUUUUCACAGUAUUCAAAGUAUAUCGUUUUGAAGCUUUUCUGCACGCCUUUUAGAACAUAUAAUUCAGAAUUGUGAUAAUGUUCCUUUAAAAAUACUUCUAAAAAAAUAGUUUUCUAGAGAUUCAGUCACUUCGUUUUGAUUUAUUUUCUUUCUUAGAUUGUUUUUUUCUCAUUUUUUUUAAUACUUAUGAUUAUCUUUUUAACAAUUUUAAAUUGCUCACUUUAAAAAAAAAAGAAAAAAUGUUCCUGAAACGUGCUGCUACACCCCUUUUGCAAAGCGCACGCGACAUUUGUGCAAUCUCGUCAUGGUCUGUCUUCGUAAAUCGCACCGUUUUUUUCAUUGCUAUUUUGACGUGUUUAUUUCAAACAAGUUCUCCAUCAUAUAAACUCAACUUAACACUUUAUUAAAGGCCUGUGAUGUAGCGUUCAGUGGAUUUUAGGUUCCUUCUUAGUCGUUAUUGAAAAUUUCUUGAAUUUCGGUGUUUUUAUCGCUUUUUCUCUCUUAGUUUAUUUCUCAAACGGAUAGCCUUUAUUUUCAAGGUUUCCGAGCAAUGAGCAAUAUCCAGCACGUGUUUAUUGUCAGCCGCGCUGGAAGUUUGAUUUACGAUUGGGAAUCGAAAUCGGAUCCGGUUAGUUUAUAAAUAUCUUUUUUUGAAAUUUAUAUUUCAUAGUCGAUUACCUCUAUUACGAAAACUAAACAGUGAAUGAUUGAUUGAUAUUACAGAUAGAAGUAGAGCGAACCUACGACUACCCAAUCGACGUGAUCCUGGAAGAAGUUGAUCAAAAAAAGCGGUCGUUGUUUUCGGCGAAAAAGAUGGGGUUAAAUUGAGGUUUUGAUUUGAUUUUAUAACCUUUAAAAUUGGUCGUUUUUACAGGUAUUAUGUGAAAAUGAUCAACGAGUAUCCAGUGACGGGGACGCGAUUUUCGAUCGAAGAGGAAAUGCACACGGUUUUUGACUAUAUUCAGAAGCCUGAGAAUUUUCCGGUUGGUUUUUUUUUGAAAUUCAGAGUUUAUAUAGUUUUUUUUUGUUAAGGUGACAUUGAGGUUUGUGGCGCCGACGAUUUCGACAAACGAAAAAAUUAUUUUGUCCUCAAUGUUUCAUUCUUUAUUCACUAUUGCUGUACAGCUGAGCCCGGCCCCGAAAAGUUCCGGAAUCGAGGUUUUUUUUUUGGAUUUUUUACAGUGUUCUAGAACAGGCAGGUGAAAAGUACACAGAUGAAUAAAAAAUGAAAACGCAAGUUUUUUUCCAACGCAAGGCGGUGCGGCGCGUGUCGAAAUUUCGUUCGCUUCAAAUUGAAAUUUUCCCUUUUUUUCAGUUUUUUUCUCAGAUUUUUUUCGUGUCGUUUCACUUUUUUUUAAGUGUUAUAUAAUCUUCUUUGCUUUGCUUUGAAGGAACUUGAGUUUUUGAAUUUUGGCCGAGAUUGUUCCAAAAAAAUUCGACGAAAUUGACAUUUUGAAAAAAAUAAUUUUUUUCCAGAAAUUUAUGACUUUCCCUGUUCCAAAAACAUUCACAAUAAGUUUCAUGUGAGAAAGUCCGAUAUUUUGUUUUUUUCUAAAAACUUUUUUUAGACUUUUUCCCAAGAAACGACAUUUUUUUGAGAAAAAAACUGUCUUAUAAAGGCUAUUUUCUGUAUUUUUUUUCAUUAUAAUAGUUUCAUUGUGAGUUAAAAAUACAUCCAAGCUCUCCUGAAAAUUGACAAAAAUCAUUGAAAUUUUUUCCAUCCAGUAAAUCAAAAACAGUCGGCUCUCAUUACCGCGCCCCGAUUGCAAUAAUACCGCGCCUCCAUUGCAUUAAGCCACACCGCCUGUUCAUGAACUCCGGAUUUCAUGUUUUUUUAGUGUUAAAUUUAGUGUACAGUAUAAAUUUUAUUUUUUUAAUUGUGAUUUUUUUGAAUUUUUCCAGCUCCUCGAAACGACGAAUUUCAAGCUGUACUGCCUACAAACCAGAACUGGUUGGUUUGAAUUUUCUGGAAGUUUUUAGGAUUAGAUAGAGUUUUCCGUCGUUUUUACAGGGGUUUUACGCUUUUUUUUCUUUUGGUUUUCAAAAAAAAUUUUAAAGGAAGUUAUAUUUUACAAUAAAAAUAAAAUGAAAAAUUGAGUUCUAGGGGUGAAAUUUGUCGUGGUGACGUCAUCGAACGCCGUUUUGUCCGCAGACACGCUCCUCUCGAAAAAUGUACGAAUUGUAUGCGGAUUUCGCCUUGAAGAACCCUUUCUACUCGAUCGAUAUGCCCAUAAGGUUGGAUUUGGAUUUGGCUUUUUUCUGAGGGUUCAAAAAAAAAGGAAUUGACAGGUUUUUUUAGAAGGGUUUUGGGUUUUUUGAAGGUUUUGAGGAGAAAAAAAAAUGAAAUUGGAAGAUUUUUGUUUGGUGAAUUAUGACCGAUUUAAAAUUUUUUUACAUAAAAGAGGAAACGAAAAAAAUUCGACGAAAGAAUUUUUUUCAAGGGUUUAGAAAACUGUAAAGUGAAAAAGAAAUCUCUUCAAAUUUUCAGAGAAAUCCUGAAUUUUGGGUCUUUUUUUCGAAGAAUUAUUUUUUUAACGAAGAUUUUUGAUAGUAAAAAAAGAAUUCCAAGAAUGAUCUGAUAACAAAUUUUUUUGAGUUCCUGUAGUUUUUUUCUCCAUUUAUUAUCAUGUUUUUUUUAUCCUAUUGAUUUAAAUCUGAAUUUUUGAAGAAAAAAAUCGAAAAAAACGUUUUGAUUUUUUUCUAUAUCGUUUCCUUUUCUAUUAGCAAUUUUUUUAAAAAACCUGACGUAACAAAAAAUUUUUUUUGAUAGCAAAGCUUCUUUUUUUGGAAUUUUCUCUUGGAAAAAUGUAUGCGAUUUUUUUAAUUUUAGGGAUUGAUAAUUUUUACAGGGAGGUUUUUUUAAACUUAAAAAGGCUGUUUUUCUGAAAAAAAUCGAAUUUUCUCCAGAAAUUCAUAGAAUCUUGAAAAAGGUUGAUUUUUUUCUAAAAAAAUGUCGAUUUUUGCUUUAAAUAUAUGAAACCUCAAAAAAAGGUUGUGGAAAGUUCAAUUUUAUCUUGAAAAAAAUCUGGAAUUUUUGUAGCGAAUUCGAAUUUUUUUUGCAGAUCCCAAAAGAUUCGAAGACGGCCUCCGAUCAUUAUUGGAACGAGCGGAAAAGAGCAACGGCGCCGUCAUUUUCUAACUUUACUGUAUCAAAUAUUAUAUUUUUUUGAAUUUUUUUCUUUUUUUGCGAUAUUAUCAAUAUUAAAUGAUAUUUUCAUAACGGGUAAAGUUAGGGUUUUCCGGAGAAAAAAAUUAGAAUUUAUUGCAUGAAUUCGUUAUCAUUGUGUAAAGUUUGCUCUACGGAUAAACUUUUCUGAAAAAAUUUUUUUUAGAUUUCUAAGUGCGCUCCAAUGAGAAUUUGGGCUUGAUAAACAAUAGUAAUUAAUUUGAAGUUAUUUAUUGUUAGAAAUAUGAAAAAAAUAAGGAAAAAUCUAUCAGAUUUAUUGCAUGAAACCCUUAUCAUUAUAGGAAAUUCGCUCUUUGGAUAAAAUUUUAUGUUAACCUGAGGCUGUUUUUAGAUUUUUAAGUAUGCUCCAAUGAGAAUUUUAGAGUUAAUUGUGGCUAUUUUUAUUGUUGAAAAUAUGCUCUAAUGAUAAUUUUUUGUUAGAUAUUGAAUUGUGUUGCAUGAUACGGUGAAUUCAUAGAGGAUAAAUAUGAACUGCUUGAAAUUUUCUAUAAAAACUUCUUUAUGAAUGAAAAUUGACUAUUGCACGUCUCAUUUGAAAGAAAGAAAAUGGAAGGACGAAAAAAAAUUUUCAAAAAAAAAUUUCAAACGUUGCGUGUUCCCUCCGUAAAAAAGAUCCCAUUGCCAGUCUUCGACUUCAAGAAGCUUGGAAGAUGCCUGAAAAGCAAGAAAAGUCGGGCGGCGAGCUGAACAAGAAGUCGUCGAACGAGGUUUUGUCCAUUGAUUCCAUAUAAUACGAACAUUUGAUACUUCAAAUCAAACCUAAUUUCAUCAAAAUUAUCAAAUUUGAGUCAUAGAAACGGUAAUAGAGUGAUAGCUACAUGAAAAACAACGGAAAUUUCAAAAAUCUUUUUUUCUUGAGUUUCUAGGAACUCGGGUUAAGUCGGAAAAUAGUAAAUUACGGCCACUAAAAAGAAAAAAAAGGCCGCAAAAAGGCAGCAAAAAGGUCGCAAAAAGGCUGAAAAAAGGUUGAAAAAAGGCCGCAAAAAGGCAGCAAAAAGGCAGCAAAAAUGCCGCAAAAAGGCUGCAAAAAGGCUGCAAAAAGACAGCAAAAAGGCUGAAAAAAGGCCGCAAAAAGGCCUCAAAAAGGAUGCAAAAAGGCUGCAAAAAGGCUGCAAAAAGGCUGCAAAAAGACCGCAAAAAGGGUCCCUUUAUCGACCCUUGCAUUUUUUUCUGAGAUUUUUAAGGCUUAAGAAAUGGUGGAAAAAGGGAGAGGCAGCAAAAAGGGUGCAUAACAGCCGACAUAAUGGCGCAAAAAGGCAGGAAAAUAGGAGCCUUUUUUCACUCUUCCACAAUUUUUCUAUGAAUAUUCUGCACGUUUUGACCCAGGUUAAAGCUUUAAAUUGAAACAGAGUUGUUGCAUUUGAAGAAAAGACAAAAUUUAGCCGCAAAACCUUGAAAAAAAAAAUUCAAAACAGACAGAUUUUGCGAGAAUUUCCAAUCUAAAUAAGGCUGGUUUUUAAAGAAAAUCAAAUAUAUUUUAAAUUUGAUAUCACUUUUUGGAAUUUAAAGAUGGUUUUUUUAGAACAAUUUUUCUCACUUAUAUUUUUUUUCAGGGCAUCGAAAAAAACCGAAACCAGUCCUAAAAAAACGCCUUCGAAAGGUUCCCAGGAGGCUAAAAAUAGCUGAAUCCAAGGUAUUUUUCUAAAAAUUUGAUAGCGAAUAUGUCACUUGAAAAAAUUGAAAAAAGCCUACAGUAUACAGAGCUUUUUUGCACUCUUCGCUUCGAGACCUGUAUUUUAUGUUAUACGGCAAUUUAGCCAAUGGUUUAUGGUAUUCUGGGUUUUACGGUAUACGGUAUUUCAGCCAAUAAAAAACGGGACAAGCUAUAUAUUAUCAAUUUUGGUUGAUUUCAAUAAAAAAAGUUUUUCAGAUUCUGAAAAGUCCCGAAAAGAUUAUCAAGUCGGAAGUUCAUGACGCGCUGAACAAGAAGAAACCAAGCAGAGGUGAAUAACCACUCAGGAACUCCAGAGUGGUCCCUAUAGGGGUGACCAGAGGGGCCAUUGAAGGACCCUCUUUAAAGGCAUAGGGGCAGUAAAAAACGGUGUUUCAGUUCAAAGCAGUAUUUUGUAGAGCUUUCCAUUGCAAAUUGAACGGUGAACUUGGAAACGUACAGCAAUUCCUAGUUUUGGAGAAAAAAUAAUUCAAAGUCGGAGAAAAGAAAGCUUGAGUUCCCGCGAAAAGAAACGCCUUGCAGUAAAGUUGCUCUAUGGACAACAGGGUUCGCCAUCUUCCGGAUUUUCGCUUUUUUCUUCGUUUCUUUUAAUUUUCAAUUUUUUCUGUUGUCACCAGAGUUUUUUUCGUCACCAAAGCCUUCGAUUCAUGCAUAAUUUGCAAACUUUGAUCGCAAAAAAGCUUUUCUGGUGAAAAAUGAUGAUUUUACACAGGUUUCGAUUGGGAUAGCGAUUAUUUGUGUUUUCUUUAUUAUCACUGUGUUUUUCGGUUUUCUUAAUCAAUUUUUCAGAGAAGAAAUCCUUAAUUUGAAGCAGAUAGCCGGUUAUUUCAUACAAAAUGCGAGUCUAAUAAGACGUCCGCAACAUCGCGUGCACAGCUACUGUAAACAUUUGUCCGCAUCCCGAUCCAAAGCUUUUUUCAAAAUUAAAGGCGGGAAAGUGAAAUCGCGUUUUUCUUCUAAAGUUUUCACAUCUGUAAUUUUUUCGAGUACACCAUUCGAUUCGCAAAGAAAAACUAUAUAAGAUACUUCUUUCACCUAAAACCUCAUUUUUUACUGCCCCUAUGCCUUUAAGGACCAGUUCACCUUCCUCUAUGGAAUCCACUAAAGCUUGCAAAAGUGGCCACUCAAGGGGUCAUGUUAGUCGAUUAUUGUUAUAAAUUCUAUGGGAAGGAGCAUUUCCAGGCGAAAAACUACUUAAAAAAAUAUUAGAAGAACCCUACAGGGAUCCCUUGAGCCUUAGGGGCCAGAACAAUAGUACCACCAAAUGUUAACCCUACAGUGGGUACUUGUUUGUUCCCUAUUAGGUCCGCUUUUUCCAUCAACCCCUAGAGUGACCACUCUGAUGUUUUUUAGCAUUUUAUGUUUUUUUUUUUGGAUUUCUUUCUGAAAUCGCCAUGGACUUGUUUUUAUGGGGUAAAUUUUAAAUUUCAUCCAAAAAAAUUAUUUUUUUCGAUUUUAAGUCUUUUUUUAUAAUGAAGCUGGUUUUUUAAACCUUUUAAAGCUUUUACUAGUAACAAAAAUGUUUUUUUUUUCUACAGUAAGCGUGAAUACGGGCGCAACAGCGGGAACUGCAAAUACCUCCGUUGCAAAAUCGGAUACCGACAAGUUACCCCCCGAGAAAAAAUCCAAGGCUUCGAGUCGAGGUUUUUUUCUUCAAAAGUUCUCUUUUUUCAAACUUUGGACAAAAAAGCGUAAUUCCAAAAAAUUUCAGAUCCGCCAGCUGUCAAUCCGAAGAUUGGCGCCGCCGUGAUGCUCCACAAACCCAACGAGUACGUUUGAAAGAACAGCAAAAAAGUCUCGCUCCCGGGUGGGCUCGAACCACCAACCUUUCGGUUAACAGCCGAACGCGCUGCCUAUUGCGCCACGGAAGCAGCCGCUUGCCGCCGUGUCCAUUUGCCAUGAAGUCCCUGUUGCAGGCUGGCCGAAUUGAAGGAGCUCGGCAUCGAUGAGAAACUUUUCGAGGCUUGUCUCGUCUGCGAGGAUUAUGAGGUUUCGAAAUGUUGAAAUACAAAAAAACCAGUAAAAUAUGAGUUUUGAGCUAAAAAUGCAAUAAUGUAAGGCUUCUUUCCUGUACAUGAAAUUGCGAACAAAAAAGUUGUAUUUUUUGAGAAAAAAACUAAAUUUUUUGCUUAGUGAUGUGUUUCAUAUUACGCUCUAUGCUCUGCGGAAGCGUCCAUGAUAAAAUUUUUUAUGAAAAACGAACAAUUUGAAUCGGAAAAAAAGGAAAAAAGUUUUAUCCAUGGAGCAACUUUGUUGCGAAGAGCACUUUUGGCAAGAAUUUGAGAUUUUCUUUGUUUCUACCUUUAAAAUUUUUCUCAAUGAACUUUUUAACAAUUUCGAGCGGACCUGUUGGAAAAAAGAAGUAGAUUAUUUUGAUAUUCGAAAUUCAAAUUCAAAUUUCCAUUUUAACUAUGAUCGAAAAAAUUUAGAUUGCUCUUCGGCAAGUUUACAACAUCCUUCUGAACCUCAUGCAACGAGGAAAUGGAACUCAUCGAAAUCCCAUUUUAACUGCCGAUGUUUCGAAAUUCGCCUUUCGGGACACAUUUUUAUCCAUUUUCAGCCAAAUAUCGUCAGUCCGAAGCAUAUGGCAGGCCCCGAGGUUCUCUACAAAUCCGUUUCCAGCGGAAAAGAGUUUUGGGAGAUUUGCAAGGUUUCUUUGGAAUUUUUUACGAACCUUUUGGAAAAUCAGUAGCCACUUAAGAGGUUGCUCGAGGAAUAUUUGGAAGGGGCACUGUAGUGGCCUCUAAAAUCACCUCUUUAGAAGCUACUAUUUUGCUUCUUAGUGGCUACUAUAGCAGUUUCAGUGGUCUAGCAGUGCCCCUCGGACUUCUAAAGAGGCCCCUAAGUUUUAGUCACUUAAGUGGCCACUAAUUCGACCACUAUAGUGGCCACUAAAGCCUGAAAACCCUAAAGUGUCCACUUUUUUUGUUUUUUUCAAAGCCUUUUUUUGUAUUUUUUUAUAAUAUUAAGGAACUCCAACCAGCUCUGAAAAACUCGCUGAAAGCGAAUUCUACACAUUUGGCGGCCGCUGAACGUCACAUGCAGGAAGUCGGCCCAAAGGCGCUUCGACACUUGAGAAAAUUCAUCUUUGACCAGUUCCCCAAGGUUCGGAGUCUUAGAAGUUGUCAUAUUGGAAAGCUAAAAAAUCAUUUAAGUCCUGUAGAAUUGAAAUUUUUUCCAUUUUCUUAAAAAUUCUACCAAUUUUAGUCUUCGGAAGUAGAAAAUAUUACAUGAACUUAGGAACUUAGGUGUUUAUUAAACUUGAUUGACUAUACCUCUGUUAACUUUUUUAUUUAUUCAAAAAAACGCUAAAUUAUUAAUUUUUUCGCAUGGAAAUGCUUCUUCUCAUAGAGUUACAAUGCUCCCCUAGAGUGGCCACUUUUGCAAGCUUUAUUACCAUUAUAGGAGGAAGUAAGGAGCUUCCUUAAGGUGACCCUACAAGAGCUUUUAAAAUUGCCUCUCGAAUGUUUUUGGAAAAAAACUGGAAAAAGUGACCAAAAAGGUUGCUAAAAAAACCCGAAGAAACCUCUUCGAGCAACUGCGCUCCACGGAUAAAUAGGUUGAAGUUUUAUCUAAAUUAUUUAAAAAUUCCAGUUUCAACUUUGUUUUCUCUUUUUUUAACAGUUUUAUUAAAUUAAUUUCAAGUUUUUUUCUAAUUUUUUUCAGGGUAACCAAAAAUCUUUUUCGAUUUUUUUCUUUUUCCCUGAAAAAUUUCGAAAAACUUAUACUUCCGUCAUUCAAACUCCUUCCAUUUGCCUGAAUUCUUCAAAUAUUUGCCCACUUUUUAUUUGAUAUGGAGAGUAAUUGUUGUUUGGUGCAGAUUUUUUUAAUGAGAAAAAUGUUAGUCAAUGAUUUUUUUGGUGCUCAUUUUGUCAUAUGAUUCGUUUUUUUGAAAAAGUUUUUUUGGAGGGUAAAAAAAUUAAUAAUAAUGGGUUUUUGAUAUUAUUAGAGAAGAAGAAGCCGUGCGAUGGACAUUUUGAGCAUUUUUUUGGGGGGUUUAAGCAAUAUUUUAUGAGGAGUUUAACUUGAAUUUCAAUCAAUAAUUCAUUUUUUUGAAGAAGUGGAUUUUUUUCUUCAAAAAGUCAACCCCAAAAAAAUUAUUUUUUUACGGAAUUCGGGAAAGAAAAAAAUAGGGUUUUUCGUAAAAAUUUGGUCGGAAAAAUGCUUAAUUUGACACACUUGACACACUUUGAUUAAAAAAAUUUUUUUAUAUUUUUUUAGUACGCGGAAGCCAAAAGACGCUUGCUUCUUCCGGAAAUAAUGCGGAAGAAGGCAAAAAUGGCUUCCAAAUCCGGAAAGCUCUGUUCCAGGACGACGGCGAUAAGAAGCGCAAGGAGAGCCUUCAUUUUGUUCGUACAAUUUUCAUUUGUUUAUGAAAAAAGAAUACUGGGAAGAUUUUCUAGUGGUUACUUUAGGGUUGUGACGUUCUAGUGGCCACUAUAGUAGUCGAAUUAGUGACCACUUAAGUGACCAAAAAUCAGUCUGCUCUUUAGAAGUCGGAUUGGUACUACUAGACCACUAAAACUACUAUAGUGGCCACUUAGACGCAAAAUGAAUAGUGGGUUCUCUAGAAGUGGUUCUAGUGGACACUUUAGAGCCCUUGAUGAACCACUUAAAGGACCACUAGAUCAUACUUUUGAGAACCUUUAAUUCAUUCGGAACCUUUUUUUGAAGACUCUAGAAGCCCAGAAAUCUAGAAAAAUAUAGAAAAAACCCAAGAAUUUUCGCCUCGAAACCUCCUUAAUGCUUCUUUAAACACUACAAAGACAUUUAUUCAGAUCCAAAGCUUUAUCACGAAAAAGUUGCCCGAAUGGAAGAAGCAGCACAUUUUGGAGAUUGAGAACGCGAUCAUGGAAAUUGCGGUAAGAUUUUGGAAUGGGUCAGAAAAAGGGUGAGAGAUCACUGGUGGAGUGGAGGGUGUAGAGAAACGAGAGAGAUCUUUUUCUCUAGCGUCUCUUCAGACCAACGGUGAUCUCUUCCUUUUUUUUCUAUUCAUGUCUGGAAAAAAGACUCGACAAUGUCUGCGUCUCCACCGAUCAAACGCUAUUUUUCAAAUCGUUGCAAGACCCUUUUUUUGAUCGACGCUAGUAGUUCAUUCAAAGGCUGUCACCGAUUUCGCAUUUUUCUAGGCGCGCCAUCGCGAUUCUCCCGCGGUUCUCACGCACUCAAAAGUUUAUUUAAAACUAGCAAAAAUGCGAUAUCGCGCCAAGGAAAAUGCAACACCGGCGCGGCUACAUAGAAUUACUUUCGCGAUAUCGCGUUUCUCUCGCAAUUUCACUCACUGAAAAACUUUUGGAAUUAGCAAAAACGCGAGACCGGCGCGGCUAGAUAGCAGUACUUUUGCGAUAUCGCGCCAAAGAAAAUGCAACACCGGCGCUACUACAUAGCAGUACUCUCGCGAUAUGGCGUUUCUCUCGCGAUUCUCACGUACUCAAAGAUGUUUUGAAAUUAGCAAAAGUGCGAUAUCGCGCCAAGAAAAACGCGAGAACUGCGCGGCUACAUAGCAGUAAUUUCGCGAUAUCUUCAAUGUACCGCCAGCGAUAUCGCUUUUGUCCCGCAGUUCUACUUUCUACAAACGGAAAAUUUUCAGACCUACCACAAACAUAGCGAGGUCCUCUGGCAGAACAUUGCCGACCGGAAAGAGCCAACGGGUCCGUUUGUUCCGGAACAACCGGAAUAUCUCGUUUAUCGAACACCCUAAUCAUCUUGAAACAUAAAAAAAGGGAUAGGUUCGUUUUUCUCAGUAGAGCAACUUUGUAGUAGUAGAAUUUAACAAAAAGUAUAUGAUUUAUUGAAAUUUGAUUUCUCAGCUUCGAAACCAACCUAACUUGAAAAUUUGUUCAUUUUUGCAUUCUCAUACAUUCUUAGGAACGCCAGAGUGGCCACUAUAGGGGUUAGGAGAAAAAACAGCCCCUACAGGGAACAAGGAAGUGUUCCCUAGAGGGGUGAAGUUUAGGUGGUCAGAAGUGAACCCAACAAACGACUAGCUUGCUCCCUAUAGGGACCACUUUUGCAAGAAUAAGUGGUCCCUAGAGUGGAUCCUUCAAGGGCUCUUAAGAUUGCCCCUAUAGGGACCAUUCUGGCGAUCCCAAGUUUUCCAGCCUUAAAAAAAACGUCUGAUUUCUCUGCGCUCUCUUCUAUCUCGACAGCACUCUUUUUUUUUCUCUGGCCUCUCCGACGAGGGAAGAGAGAGCGCAGACAGGUCAGACUGUUUUAAUAGAAGCAUUGUCAAAAAUAGCCGCAAAAAUAAAACUUUUGAGAAUGACCGAAAAAUGUUUGCAUUUUAAAAACGUCCGCAUAUUUUUUUACAGACACACAAGACGUCAUUUAA